AUGAGCAGCUCAGAUGAAAUCAGAGCCAAAAGAUUGGCUAAAUUGAAUUCAUCUUCAUCGGCUGGUAAUUCAAAUGACUCGCUAGCAGCCUCGGGCCGUACAGCUCAAAAAGAGACUCCUCCAGUCCAAAGUUCACCAAAACCUGCCCCAGUUCCUUCUUCCCCAGCUCCACCUAAGGCUCCAAUCGCACAACAGCCGCUGGUGACAAAAGUAGCCGCCACCACUUCGUCGGCGAAUCCUGAAGAUCAGCUUUCCAACUGGCUCUCCUUGGAAAUAGAGACAAUCUUUGGAGCAUCAUUGAAACAGUCGACCUCGUUAAUCUACUUGGAAUCAUUGGCCUCAGACAUCCAAGGCUCCAACUCGUCCGUCGACUCUACACACUUGGAAUCCAUUUUUAUGGAAAUCUUGACUAGUUUGGGGGUUCCCUCCAAUUUCUCCUCGUCAUUGGAAUAUCUUUUCCAUGUCUAUACCAAAUGUUUCCAUUUAAAGAGGAUUUUGCCCAAGAAAGACUCACUAUAUGAGCAGAAGAACUCCAUUUUGAAUGAAAUCAUCAAGUUUUCAUGUUCAUUCGGACUCAUUUGCUUUGAAGAGGAAGAUUUAUUCAUAAAUAAUCAAAAUUUGAAUCUGUUGGUGAAGUUGUUGGUGUCUAGGAACAACGAUAUGAGUUCAUUCUUAAUUGAUAUUGUGAAUAAAAGCAUUGAGCAAGACUCAUUGCUCGAGUUUUUGAACUUACUUAUCCCAAUCUUAUCUGGUCAAUUUUCUAAAAUAGACAUUGGCAAAAGAGAAUAUUCAUCGUAUUUAUCAAUUUUCGAAACAUUGGUUAGUAUAAAGCAAGUUGCAUCUAUAUUUGGCACGAUAAAUAACUUCCAACCACCAGAAUCAGAACUAUCAAAUCCUUUACUGUUUGAACACAAAACGAUCCUUGGAAGCAUUCUUAAGAUAUCGCCUUUGAAGAUGUCUGUGAUGGAUUCAUAUUAUGGGAAUGAUAUUGAUAAACUCUCACCGGUAUCUUCGAACCAAGCUGUUGAAACUAUUCAAAAUGAGAACAAAGUCUUGUUGGAUAGAUUAUUUUUCAUUAUGGAUAAGUUGAUUAGAGGAUCACCAGCGACCAGAUCAUCAAUCUUGAAAUGGUUCUCGUCAAUUAUUAAUUUAAAUCAUUUAAGAAGAGGGGGGCAUGCAGAUUUGAAAAAAUUGUGUUCCGAUGCUUUCAUGUUCAACAUUUCAUACAUUUUAGUCAAACUAAGCAUUCCAUUCUUAGAUUUCCCAAAUUACACUAAAUUAGAUAAGAUUGAUAUGAAUUACUUUGGUAAAAAAACCAAAAAUUUAAUUUUAAUUGAUGAAGAAAGUAGAGUUAACUCAAGCAUCCCGGAGGCUAAAGAGUACUAUGACAAUCUUCUAGGUGGGAAAGAAGAAGAAGAUACGAACUUUAUCUCUGAUUGCUUCUACUUAACUUUAUCUUAUCUUCAUUACGGUGUUGGAGGUAUUUAUCUUCAUCAUGAUCGUCUCAAAUCCCAAAUUAAGCAACUUGAACAGAGAGUAGCUACCAUUACUAAUUUGGGAAGGCCCGGUGCUCCUUUACCGCAAGGCUUCAAUCCAAUGAUGAUGCAAGUAUGGAGGAACCAAUUACCUGCCUUAUCCAAAUCUUUGCAUGGAAUGAAGGCAUAUAGACGAACUAUUCAAGCAAUAUUUGGCUCCAGACCCUUACAAAUGGAAAUCUUUGAUUUUGUCGUCGGCUCUAUAACUUUUAUAACGAAAAUAAUUGAUGCCAGCCAUGUUCACCCCAAAGUGAAAUUAACAAUCCCCAUUUUCGAAAUAGAAAGAAUAAGUCAGUUAGAUGAUCAAGAGUUCUUGAAGACGAAGGCUCCAGUGCCAUGGAAAUAUUUCCCUGAAUUUGUAAUUGAGGGGAUCAUUAAUUAUUGUUCUUUUGUUAGUAAACUCAAUAAUAAUCCCUUAUUGAACAAUGAAUCAAAGUUGAGUGUGUUUGUUGAGUUUGCAGUUACUUUAUUGAGAUGCCCGGAAUUGAUUGGUAAUCCACACAUGAAAUCAAGCUUAAUUGAAAUGCUAUUUGCUGGUUCGUAUCCAACUGCCAAUAAUGGUCCUGGAUUUAUGUCUUCAAUUUUCAACUCCAAUCCACUUGUUCUACAGAACAUUUUGUAUUCCUUGUUAAACAAUUAUGUGACUGUGGAAAAGACUGGUGCAUCUUCACAAUUUUAUGAUAAGUUUACUAGUAGAUACUAUAUUUCCAUUAUCUUAGAGGAGUUGUGGAAGAACGAUGCUUAUAGACAUCAGUUGAAAAUGCUUUCUUUGGAGAAUGUCGAUUUCUUUGUCAGAUUUAUCGCAAGAAUGUUGAAUGAUACUACGUAUUUGUUGGAUGAAACAUUUAACGAAUUAAAUAAUAUUCACACCUAUCAACAAGAGUUGAAAAAGAGACAGAAUGGUUCCGAUUCUUCAAAUGAAGAACUUGGUACAGAUGAUGAAUUAUCUGAAAAGUUGCAGGAAGCUGAACGUCAUGCUAAAUCGUAUAUGAGUCUUUCCAACAAGAUCAUGGAAUUGUUCAAACUAUUCACCAAGGAAGUACCACAAGGGUUUGUCUUGCCAGAAAUCGUUGACAGAUUGUCCAGUAUGUUAAACUAUAACCUUUCUGUCAUGGUUGGACCAAAGUGUUCGCAGUUAAAGGUCGAGAACCCUAUGAAUUAUGACUUUGAUCCUAAGCGAACUUUAGGUGACUUGUGUGUGAUUUAUUGCAAUUUGUCGUCUCAAGACAAGUUUGUCACCGCAGUGGCAAGAGACGGAAGGUCCUUUAGCCACGAAUUAUUCGUAAAGGCAACAAGAAUCUUGACUACAAAGACUUACACGCCACCAGAAAUCUUAGAUAAAUUUAAGAAGUUUGCGGAGCAAGCUGAGUUGAAGAGACAAGAGGAUGAAGACGAAGAACUUGAAUUAGGAGAAAUCCCAGACGAGUUUUUGGACCCAUUAAUGUUUACCUUGAUGGAAGAUCCAGUCAAAUUGCCCAGUAGUAAGAUUAGUAUGGAUAGAAGUACAAUCAAGGCACAUUUAUUGAGUGAUCCCACCGAUCCAUUCAAUAGAAUGCCUUUGAAGUUGGAUGAUGUUGUGGAUGACGAAGAGUUGAGAGAAAAGAUCCAACAGUUCAAGAAACAAAAGAAGGCGGAGAAGUUAGAGAGUCAAAUGCAAAUAGAUAGUUAA